AUGAACAACGGCGAGGAGUACGGUUGCAGGAGCCUCAUCCUCGAGUGCACCAAGAGCGGCGGCCGGCGCCCUCCGCUGCUGCCGUCUGCGUUCGCGGCGGAGCUGGAGACGAAGAGCUUCACCAACGGCAAGGUCGACAAGCCGCUCAGCAGUUUUGGCAAGGCGACCGAGCUGAACUACGACGGCCUCGGCUGGGGCGACGCGGAGGCGGCGCACCUGGCGGAGGUCCUCGCGAGCGGGGCAGCGCCGCGGCUUGAGACGCUCAAGCUCUGCCACAACCAGAUUGGCGACGAGGGCUGCACGGCGCUGGCCGCCGCCCUCAAGGAAGUUGCUCGCCGUGGACAACAAGGAGCAGCCCGAGCUGGUGGCCGUGUGCGAGGAGCGUGGCAUCGAGCUGCGCUGAGCGCGACAUCGAGAGCCGGGCGAAGAGAUAGGCAAAG